AUGAAACAGAAUGAAAAAGCAAUUGGGAGGAGUUUAAAAGAAGUUCCAACAAUUAAUAAAAUACCAUAUCCAAUUUAUGAUAUGCUUGAAAAAUUAUCAAGUAAAUGGGAAUAUAUUUUAACAGAAGGAAUCUUUAGAGUACCUGGAAAUAUGACAGAUAUUAUUGCAAUAAAAAAACAAUAUGAAAAUGGAGAAAGUGUAAAUUUAAAUAAUGUUCAAAUUUCUACUGUUGCAAGUCUUCUUAAAAAUUAUUUAAAAGAAAUUCCUGGUUUUUUAGUGAAUAAUGAAAAUGUUUGA